UCAUCCUGAUUGUCCUCACAUCAUUACAAUGUCGGAUAGUGUUACUGUUAAUUCUUCUUCGCAAUUACCAGUGUGUAAAUGUAUUUUAAGUGACGAACCGUCUCAAGAAGUGCACAUUCCGGAGUACAAGCAACGGAUGUUGUCAUCAACUUUACGCACAGAAGAGUACUUACGAGAACGUCGUAUUCCUGAACUUAUAAGAUUUAUUUUAGCUAAAAUAAUUGCUGCUAAUCCAUCUGACCCGGCGAACUAUAUAGUAAAUCUUCUAGAACAAUGUAUGUUGUUCCGUUCAGGGUAUGGAAAACCUCCAGUACUGUAUGAAGACAGACACUUGAAGGCUAUCAUUAAAAGUUUUGAUCCUGGUGACCGAGGUUGGCUUUCUGCUGGGCAAUUCCGCAGAGCGUAUAUUACACUGGGUUUUCUUCCAGACAAAACAUUGCAAGAAAAGAUACCAACGGAUAUGGCAAUAAAAAAAUUACAAGCUACUCAAGAACUAGAAUUAUUUUGUUUAUUAAAUGCUGGAAAUGCAGAGGUUUUAACCGAAAUUCAGUCAACAAACAAGAUUUAUUUCUAA